CUUCAGUAAUUUUUUUGCUGUUGGUAGUAAUGAAAGUGUCGUCAACUUUGGUGAAAAUCAUCAUUAGCAGUUUUUAAAGCUGUUUUAUUUUAAUCUUUUGAAGCCACAAUUUCGUAAUGAGGUUUCACAUUUUCAACCAGAAGGUGUUGAGGGAAUAACGCCGGGAUCUAGUAAAAAUAAUGACUGACCAGUGUACAAUUUUAUAAAUAUUUGGUGUUUGUGUGAUAAAAAAAACUGGUGAUUGUUUAAUUAUUGUGAACUUUGCUAGCUGUCACCUGUCAUUGUAAUUUUUAAAGUAAAUAUGUCAGAUGAUGGGCUCUCUGAUUAUUUUGAUGAACCAAGUAUGGAAAUUCAGAUAAAAACAUUAAUGGGUACGUCUUUCGAUAUGAAAGUCUACUCCACAGACACCAUAGGGGACAUUAAGAAGAAAAUUUAUCGCGUUGAAGGUAUACCAAUCUACCAACAAAACCUGAUCUUCCAAUCAAAAGAACUAAAAGACACAAACCGGCUCUGCGAUGCCGGCAUACGGCACGGCUCUUCCCUAGCCCUGGUGACGUCAAUGAGGGGCGGACCCAUCUCGACGCGCCGCCUGUCGGUCGCUUGCGAACACCAUGUAAUGCUCAAAGAGCUCAAGGAGCUUCUAGAGAACACCAGUCGCAUGUUUCAAACGAAAAAAAUGAAGAGUAACGUUUGUUCCAGAGAGGACCUGGGCGAAAAGUUGUCUCCCGGUUCCAAGGUGUCCGUGCUGGUGUUCAAAGAGGGCGACAUCAUCAACCUGCUGCGCGUCAUCGAAAACGAGGACGGCUCCUACUCGCCGUACAGCGAGAAGCCCAUCUCGCCGCCCUCCAAACCUCCGCGCAAGGAGAGCCACGUCGGCAUAUUCGAACGUUUGGUGGAGGACGACGACAUGUCGACGAAAGUUGCGAAUCUGCGAAAGAAAAUGUCCGAUGUAAACAUUAGGAAAAUGGCUAAAAACUCCAAGACAACGCUCAAUGACCAAACACCAAAAACAACUAAUGAUUCGAUGGAGGAAAAGGCUUUCGGAGAAUCCGAGGAGAAGAAUUUGUCGUAUCAAUUUUUAAGCGAGUGCGCCAGCAACUUAAUGAAAGACUUCGACAUGACGAUAUUCGAGAAAAACGUCGACGACGAAAACAACUCGGAAACCGAGGAGAUUGCGUUAAAAGAUAAGCAUCGGACUAAACCUAGAUUCUCGAAGAACGCCAAAAAAUCGAUAUACAGCGAGAAUAAGGGCGAGUUUUCUCACGCGCGACAAAACUAUGCCAGAAUGCAUAAGAAAACCCGCGACUUGAAGUUCGGCGAAGGCACGUCGCGCGAACGCAAAUCCCCGGACUUUUUACACCCCGACGAUACCGAAGACAUCAAACUGCAGCCGUACAGCGAAUCGUUGACGGUUGCGGCAAGAAACCGGGUCCACCUGACGAGACUGGUUUUAUCCGACAGCGCCGACCGACCCAAAAGCGGCCCGGACAGCAUCGAGUUGGAAGAGAACGCUCAAGACUUGUGGGAGUUUCACGAGCCGGCCGCCGAACGCCUCAAGCACAGCGCCACCUGCAAAGUAGGUUUGCUGAAGCGCCGGCAGAGCUUGGACUACGGGGGGUUCACCGACAAUCCCAACGUCAAAAACGAGAUAAAUUACUGCAAGAACGCCGCCUCGGCGGACUACGCCGAAGUUUGUUCGGGCUACAACUACCACAUGCCCAGUGCCAUACCGCCGCAAUACGCCCCCAAAGAUCAAGGCCUGUGCGAUUAUUACUUCAGCAGCACCAACAGAUCGCCUCUGUACGGCAGGAAGAGUAGCAGCGCCGCGGAGGACGAAAAACCCUCGGACGUGAAGCAAAAGGAGAAGUUUAACUUUUUGGGGGAAUGCAGCAGCAUUCAGCGGCUCAAAAACGACGAGUUCGGCGACAAUUUGUUCUCCACCAGCGACGAAAUAGACAAUUUGUAUGGCUACUACAACCUAGGCUGUUCCGCCGAGUUUCUCAACGAGAGACCGGUCGACGUGAAGAAGGAGAAGGACUCGGUCAAGCUGCCGCCGGUCGUGAAGAAGAGGUCGCGCUGCGGCGAGUGCAACAAAAAAUUGAACAUCACCAACAUUUACGACUGCCGUUGCGGCAGGAUUUUUUGCGCGCAGCAUCGUCAUUCAGAGGUGCACCGCUGCACCUACGAUUACAAAACCGAAGGUCGGAAGAUUUUGGAGCGGCAGAAUCCCUUGGUGGCUGCCGAAAAGGUGAAUAGAAUAUAAUUUGACAGAGAGAAUAAUAAAAUAACAAAACCAGUGCCUAAUUAUUAUAUUAUUUUAACUGAUGCUGUAUGUCGAUAAAAUAUAGUUAUAUUUACACUGUCUUUAUGCUGGGUUAUGGGUUAAUUUGGUACAAACAAUCAGUUAUGGUUUUGAUAAAAAAACAGUGACAUUAUAGAGUCCACAAUCCACACAACAAGGUCUGUUCUAUCUCUUACUAAAAAUCACUGCAUCACUGCACAGAGUUUAAGGGCGGC